ACAAGACAAGUUUUGCCAAUUCACUUCAAACAGAGAAACUUAGGCAUCGUUCUCAAGUUUGAUCGAUUUCUCAUAAUAAGAUGUCCUGUUUUAGACUUACUCUCCAAGUUGCUGCAUUAAUUCUUGUUGUUUUGAUGGUGAAAGCAAGCAACGUAACAUGCCAUACCAAAGGCAUAAGACCCAACAGAGCUUCUGGUGGGAAACAGUUGGCUGUAGUGAACACCACACAAGUGGAAUACUCACAACAACAAUUCAUAAAGUGGGUUGAUUUCAUGGGCAGCCUCAAGCAUUCCCUCUUCAGGACAGCCAAAAACAAGAUUUUCCCUUCUUACACUCUAACGGUGGACAGAAAUCCAUUGUAUGGAGACUUCACUUCCAUUCAAGACGCAGUUGACUCUAUCCCUUUAGUCAAUGUCUUGAGGGUUCUUAUCAAGGUUCACGCAGGGGUUUACAACAUAGAAGGGGCAGGGGCAGAAAGGACAAUUAUUGAGUGGGGCGACACGGCCCAGACAAAGGGACCCAGAGGCCAGCCGCUCGGCACUUACGGGUCGGCCACUUUUGCCGUCAAUUCCCCUUACUUCAUAGCCAAGAACAUCACGUUUAAGAACACGACGCCCGUGCCAGAGGCGGGGGCAAUUGGGAAGCAAGCGGUGGCGCUAAGGAUAUCCGGUGACACGGCGGCCUUUGUGGGGUGUAAAUUUGUCGGGGCACAGGACACGCUUUAUGACCACAAUUGCGAGGUGCACGCCAUAGCGACGUUGACGGGUGCUGUGACAGCUCAGGGUCGGAGCAGCAUACUUGAGGACACGGGGUUCUCUUUCGUGAAUUGUAAGGUGACGGGGUCAGGGGCGCUGUACUUGGGGAGGGCGUGGGGCCCAUUCUCGAGGGUGGUCUUUGCCUAUACUUACAUGGAUAACAUCAUUAUCCCAAAGGGGUGGUACAAUUGGGGAGACCCUUCUAGAGAAAUGUGAGUAAACU